CUCUUUUCAAUGAACCGUACCGCCGGAUGUCAUCUCAUCCACGGAUCACCACGGCUCUUCGCAGAAGAGUGUCCCCAACACGGAAUGAUGAUCGGGAGUCCUUCGUCUGGGGGAAGGACUGGAUUCUCGCCACUUUCCCUCUUGUUUCGAUGGAAUAUGUGGCUUAUGCUUUGUGAGAGCCUCGGUGGUAGGCGAGGAACAACUGAGGGUCAACGGAAAACUCUAUACGCACAGUCUCCGGAAACCCGAUUCUACUAAAAGGGACCUUUGGUCCGAAAGUUGUUGACGAGUGUCUAUCGUUUAAAUUUGUCGUGGUCAACUUCGAAGCCUUCAUGCUUUUAAAUCAGGACGAAACCAGAAUACUACGGGACCGAAACUUCCAACCCCUUCAGUCCAAUACCAGUCAUGUGGCGCUCCAGGAGAGGCACACUUGACUCCAUUCCCUGUUCACCAUAUGGUGUUGACUCGGACCUGAAAAGGCGCGGCAGUGAUCAGUCAAGCACUUCCAUGGUGCUGCCCUACAAAUCCAACACCACGGCAACCUUGACCCAUCCGACGGCAUUAUCACCACCACCUGCACCGGCAAGUCCAAAGCUGAAACCUGAAAGAACUCAUGUGCGACUACGAAGCGACUCGGCCCUCUCGAUGCAUACGAACAAGUCCUCGUUCCGUCAGUACCCAGACAGCAGGUCGGAGAGUCCGAUGAAUUCACCUUGGUACUGGAAGAAGCAAAAGGACGUUGAUGCCGUUAGCACCAUCGAUACCAUCUCCUUGGGGGGCACUACGAGUGUGGCCUCGAGUGAACACGCACAAUAUGUUGGGUCCCUCCCCAACCUUUUUGAUCGUGCGGUGAUCAAAAUGGCCUUCUCAGACCCGGAGGUAGGAAGCAAGCUGCGCGACUUUGCCAAGGUUAGGAACUAUUCCGUGGACGUGGAGCUUCUGUUGAAGGCGGACCAAUACACCGGUGCACUGGAGACCUUAAGAUGCCUGAUCAAUCACAUCUCAACUUACUUGGAGGCUCCGGCAACAUCAGCCAUAGAAGCUCCUUAUACAUAUCCACUUGCUUUCAGGACAAACACAAAGCAGUGUGCUCGGACUGCACUGCCUUCAUUGGAAAGGUUGUAUCGAGAAGCCAAGUUUGCGGCUGAAGAACGGCUCGUCAAUGACCUCUACCCCGAGUUCAUCAAGUCUCAGCUCGCGGACCGCUUGAGGACUUCUUUAUCCGUCUCUCGGUCUUCAUCCAGCCCAUCCAACUCAACGUACACUGGCCUUGGCAGUGCCUUCUGUCUUACCGACUCUUGGAAGCCCGAUAACCCUAUAGUCUAUGCCUCUGAAGGUUUCCUGAGAUUGUUUGGCUAUGAGAGACACGAGGUACUCCAGAAGAACUGCAGAUUUAUGCAGGGACACUCCACCAACGGCGACGCAGUUCGUCGCAUACGGAAUGCGAUCUUCAUGGGACAAGAACACACUGAGCUGAUUGUCAACUAUCGCAAAGAUGGGACUCCGUUUUGGAAUUUCUUGUUCAUCUGUCCUCUGGUGGAAGACGGCAUCGUGCGCUACUGUCUCGGUGGUCAGAUCAACAUAUCGAAGGGUAUGGGCACAGGAUACCAGGAUAUCAUGAAUCUUCUCAACUUUGAUACACCCAGAGAGGACUGUUUGCCCGACAUACCGUCAGAAUCUUACGAUGGUCUAGCUCAGCGGCCUUCUAUACGCAUUCAAGACCCGCCCCUCUCAGGCGAGAAACCAUCCGCCAUACCUCGACGAUCCCACCGGCAACGUCUUUUCGAUCGCUUCAUUUCCAGAAAAAACGCGCCUGACACCACCCCCGGAGAGAGCCAGCCAGAAGAUCCAACCAUCCUCACGGAUACCAAGUCACCAUCACCUGUCCCCAUGGACGGCUACGUCAAAGAUUGGGGCAUCUCGAACCCUUUCCACGACCAUUACCAAGUUGAACCCGAACCACCAAAACCCUUACCCAAGCCAAGCACACCUUACUCAUGCUUCUUCGUGAUGCGCUACGUCCCUUCGCCCUCAACCUCCUUCCACAUCUUCCCCCAUCAGACCAACGACAAGCGCCACUCCCGGCUGCCACACCUCCCAGUCGCCUUCUGCUCUGCCGAAGCCCUCGACUUCCUCGGCCUAAAAGGUCAAGACCCGUCCAUCGUCCAUUCUCGGUCCAUCUUCUCGCUCCUUGUAUGCGCCACGAGCUCGACUGACUUGGUCGAGAAGACCUUUCGGUCUACCGUCCUCGAAAGCAUGGCGGCGGGCGAGUCCAUCUCACUUGAGAUAUCCACGCUUGCUGAUUCCGUCCCGUCCGCCACCACAUCUCCUUCAAGAGAUACCAAACCGGUAGAAAAAACCCCCUCUCUCUUCUCCUCGACCCGGGCGCGCAGCCGUAGUAACGUCGGCCGCGAAGGAAAAACAGCAACAAGAUACGGGGCCUUGUCAGCCAUGUCAGCCAGCUCAGACCAUCGUCCGUCUACCUCUAGGUUAUUCAGUGAUAAAUUGAAGGAGCACGGGACCGUGGAGAGGCUCGGGAACAUGUUCGCCUUCCGAAGUCUCGGAGGUGGAGGCGGAGGUAAAGAUGCUGCUGCAUCAAACGUGGAAGAACAUGGUGAGGGACAGGGACAGGGACAGGGACAGCAGAAGAAGGGCAGGAAGUUGGUUAGUCACUGGACGGCUUUGAAGGAUGCCGAGGGCAAAGUGGCUUGGGUGGUGCUGAUCUUGACGCCUGCUGCUGCUGCGUCUUCUGCUUGAGCAUUUCAUGUCAUGGUAUUGCACUUCAGACCAGAUCAGCCGGCAGUGUCAUCUCGGCGAGUACCGGAUGGCAGCGUGGCGGUCCGUCAGGGGAAGCGGUCGAGACCCGGAUCAGGGCAGGAUCCGGACCCGAUAAGUUGCCGUGCUGUACGUAGAUGCAUGUGUAGGUAGAUAGUUCGGAUCAACUUGGGGUUGGCUUUAGUGAAGUUGCAUUCGGAAAGUCUCCCGUGAGAACACACCCACUUGCUUCUCCAAAACAGGGCUAAUGUUGGAGAAAUUGAGGACGGCUGGACGGGAUGAACGAGGGAUGAACAGAGAGAGGAUCGCCGUCGAUGAGAAUCCUCUAUAUACUAAUAGCAGCUUACCCCCAAAAAAGUGCGG